AUGAGCCUCGACGCACUGCUUCAAGCAGCUCUUGCACCAAGUACCGAGCGGGAAGCGCUAUGGCGACUUUUGCUGGACCGGCUCAUCGAGGUCGACGGGUCGCAGCUACAGACAGUGGUGACGCACGUGAGUCGAGCGCUUCAGGACGCGACCUGCGCGCCCAUUCACUGUCUCGUCUACCAAGUCGUCAAAAAGCUCGGGUGCCGCGGUGAAGUCGAGCGCAAGCUGCUCAUCAAGGAGGACAUUCCAAAGCGCAUGCUCGUGGCCAUGGACGCUGCGAUGGACGACGCCAACGCGCUGGCCCUCGGCCUCCAAGCACUCUACCCCCUUGCAUUUGAUGCGCCCCACCGCACGUACCUUCUCAAUUGCGGCAGCUUGCCCGUCGCCCUUCGGGCGAUGCAAUUGCACAGCAGUCACUUUGCGACGACGACACACGGCAGCAAGUUUCUACAGCUCAUGGCCUUUGACGACGACUGCAAAACGAUGAUCGUCGACGCCUCCGGGCUACCGAUUGUGCUCGACGCGCUAUUGGCGUUUGCGUCGCACAGGGACCUCGCCGUGAGUGCGUCCGACUUGGCGUACUUUCUCGUCGCCGACCUCGAGCCUGGCAGUGCUCCGAUCCGCGGGCUCGAAGCGCGCAUCAUCGCUGCCUCGACGCGCAUCAUGGACCAGCAUCGCAAUGACGACCGUGUGCAGUCGCACGGUGUCGCGAUCUUGAACAGCUUGACCGAGCACGCCGACGCCCGACCGCUCUUGUGUACCUCCGAGGUACUUCUUGCGAUUGAAGACGCGCUCGGGGCCACGUACGACGCAACGGCCGACGCACUUGUCUUGCUCUACGAGCUGUGCCAAGAUGCCACGUGUCUUGCCAAGAUCGGUCGAUGUUUACGCCGACGCGACGAUGGACGGCCGUCGUUGCUCGAGAAGCUCGAAACGAUCCACGCGCUCGUAGAGACAAGGGCGAGCGAGGCCGUGACGCUUGACGAGCUCGCAACGACGUCUGUGGAGGUCGUGCCACCACCGACGGCCCGCGUGGCACCGCUGCCCAAGGCCAGUCUUGUGCUCGAAACAGGCGCGAAUGAGAUCUCGGACGCGCUCCUUUCGCCGUCGACAAAAUCGGUGGUCGAUGCUGACGUGCGAGCCCCGACGCUGGCGGCGAUCGCAGCAGGCGACGACGAUGUUCACGGAUGCGCGCCCAAAGACGAGCUGAACAGCAACUGUUUUCCAGCAUCCGCUUCGUCUGCACCGGAGAAGCGGAUGGAGCGCGCACCCAAAGAACUGGCGGACGAGCCGCCGGUCAAGAUACUGUACAGCCGUAGCACGCCCUCCGCCGCGCCACCCGACGUCAUCUCCAGCGUUAAAGCCACCAGUUUGGCUACGGCAGAGCCACCCAAGCCGAUACCAUUUCAAGCCACAACGCGAGACGACGACGCGUCGUGGGCGCAAUCACCGACGUCGGUCCUUGCGAUUGAGCAGCUCGAAGCGCAGUACCAGGAGGCGGCCGCCGAAGCGAUCGAGCGGGAGCGUACCAAGACGCGAAAACUCCUCUUCAACUACAAGCUCCUGCAGCGUCGGCUGGCCGAGCAGCAUAAGCUUCUGUGUGUCCACAACGAACGGUCGGUCGCCGACUCGGAGAUCCACGAAGCACUCUUGGCGCGCGUGACCCACCUCGAGACGGCGCUAGGCGAAGCACAGCGAACGUGCGAAGCCGAGCGUAGCGCCCGAUUAUCCCACGAGACUGAAGCGAUGAAGGCCCACGGCGCGCUUGCUGCCGCGCUGACGUCGCUCGAAGAGCAAAAGACACGCGUCUUCAAAGAAAAGAGGGUCGGCGAAAAGCAGUUUGUCGACGCCCAGCACGUCGCCCAGGCCUUAUCCGCUGAGAAAGAAGUGCUUCUCGAGAGCCUCAAGACGUCGCACGAGUGCCAGCGGGGUCUCGAAGCGCAGCUCGAAGCGCUUGCGGCCGAGAUGGCGCAGUCCAAGCGCGAAUCGCUCGAGAAUCUGUUCAUGCGGGAAGAAGACGUCGAGGUUCUAAUGCCGAGUACGUACUACGUGCAGGCGUCGCCAAUGUCCAAGCGGUCGACCAAGUACGCGCUGCAUGGCCUCGCGAGCCCGACGAUCGACGUCGUCAACGAGCCGGAACUCAAAGACAAGAAGGCCAUUGAAACUUUCCUAUUCCGCACGUACAAGUGCCUCGAAGCGUGCUCGGAAGGCCACGGCGUGCACUUUUCGAUCCUUCGACGCUACUUUGUCGACACGGGCCUCGUGACGCCACCGCUCCUUCUUGGCGACGUGGACAUGACGCUCAACAAGAUCCUCUCGGUGGCCCAAGACAACAAGCUCAAAGUCAAGCAGCGAAAAGACUAUGAGUUUGGCGCGUGCCCCGUGCGACCCAACUUUGGGAAGCUCCGGCACCGGUACUUUAGCCGGAGCCUCUUUUGCGAAGCCGUCACACUCGUGGGGGCAAAACGAUACCCGGACGUCGAGACGCCCGAGAUGCUCCGGCUCGUCAUUCUGCAUCACCUCAACCCGUUCUCCAAGAGCAUUGAAGCCAAGGGCGAUGUCCAGCUGCUCGUGAGCUGCUACGAUGCGUUUGGGUUCCUUAAAGUGCUUUUGGAUGCGCUUCACGGGCAAUGGAAGACGGAGAAGACACCCGACUCGCGCCCCGAAAGCCUCAGCCACGCCCAAAUCGUUGGCGCCAUGCUCGAGAUGGUUCCACUCCUCCAACGGGAGCAAAAGCCGCUCCGGAUCAUUUGCGAGUUCUACACGUCGGUCCACGACGUCUGCAAAGAUGAAGCCCUCGACAUGGGGUUAGAGAGCCUCGUGAGUUUUGCCGUGGAUUUUGAAAUCAUUCCGGCCUUUCUCGACCGGUUGGCGGUCAAACGACUCUACAAGGAGGUCCUUACCUACGUCAAGACGUUCCUUGCGCAUUACGCUGGGUUCCCGUGCCCGGUGGACAAGAAGAAAUACGUGGCAUUUUACAUGCUUCUCAUGCGCCUCGCCGUCGACAUCUUCAAGGACAAGCGCGACUACGAGAUGCCCGAGGCCCAAGUCACAGGGCUGCUUCAGUGGCUCGACAACUCGCGCGGCCGCGGCCGUAUCAUCCGCAAAGGCAGUGUGCACGCUGGUAUCAAGUUUUCACACAAGCUCUACACCGUGAAAGGCUCGUAG